AUGCUUGAUCUCAAUUUAUUUCAAGUUGAAAAAGGUGGAAAUCCUGAACUUAUUCGUGAGUCACAGCGUAGAAGGGGCGCUCCAGUUGAGAUAGUUGACAAAAUAAUUAGUUUGUAUGAUGAAUGGCGAACUGCAAGAUUUGAAUUAGAUCAGAAUAAAACAGAUGCUACAAAAUUGAUCGAAGAAAAAGAAUCGUUAGGUCAAGAUAAAACUAGAUUGAUGGCGGUUGAAAAAGAAAAAGAGGAAAUACUUAAAUCAGAAGCAUCAACAAUUGGAAAUAUCGUUCAUCAAUCAGUUCCAACUUCGAUGGAUGAAGAAAAUAACGAAAUAGUUAAAAAGUGGGAACCAACAUCAGACGAUUCAAGUGAUAUUUAUACCAAUAGAAAACCUAUAAAAAAAGAUGGAAUCUCAUCCCAUCAUGAGGUAUUGCAUCGUAUCGGUGGAUAUGAUCCAGAAAGAGGAACAAAUAUUGCAGGGCAUCGUGGAUAUUUCUUAACCAAUGACGGUGUUGAUCUUAAUAUGGCAUUAAUACAAUAUGGAUUAUCUUUUUUACGAAAAAAAGGCUAUAAUAAAUUACAAACACCAUUUUUCAUGCGAAAGGAGUACAUGGCAAAGACUGCACAAUUAGAACAAUUCGAUGAAGAACUUUAUAAAGUUAUUGGAGAUGGAGAAGACAAAUAUUUGAUAGCAACUUCAGAACAACCAAUUUCUACUUUUCAUGCUAAUGAAUGGUUUGAACGACCAACAGAACAAUUACCAUUAAAAUAUGCAGGCUAUUCUACAUGUUUUCGUAAAGAAGCAGGCGCUCAUGGUAAAGAUACAUGGGGCAUUUUUCGUGUGCAUCAAUUUGAAAAGGUGGAACAAUUUGUUAUUACUGAACCAGAAAAAUCCUGGGAACAAUUUGAUGAGAUGGUUAUCACUUCCGAAGAAUUUUAUCAAUCAUUAGGAUUGUCAUAUCGACUUGUUUCCAUUGUUUCGGGAGCUUUGAAUAACGCAGCAGCAAAAAAAUACGAUCUAGAGGCUUGGUUUCCUUAUCAAGGGUCUUAUAAAGAAUUAGUCAGUUGUUCAAAUUGUACAGAUUAUCAAUCUAGGCGGUUGGAAAUUAGGUGCGGAACUAAAAAAAUGGGUGAUAGAGAAAAGAAAUAUGUGCAUUGUUUGAAUGCUACAUUAUGUGCAACCGAGAGAACUAUAUGUUGUAUUUUGGAAAAUUAUCAGACAUCAGACGGAGUAAUUGUACCAGAAGUACUUCGACCAUAUAUGGAAGGACGUGAUUUCCUACCAUUUGUAAAACCUUUACCAAAGAAAAAAUAG